AAAUUAGGGUUUCGUUGUUAGUGUGAAAGAGAGUUGUAGCAGAGAGGAAGUAGGAGACGACAAUGGUGAAGUUCCUGAAGCCAAACAAGGCCGUCAUUGUCCUGCAAGGCCGUUAUGCAGGCAAGAAGGCCGUUAUCGUCCGCACCUUCGACGACGGCACUCGCGAGAAGCCUUACGGACACUGUCUCGUUGCAGGGAUUAAGAAGUACCCUAGCAAAGUCAUCAAGAAGGACUCUGCGAAGAAGACCGCAAAGAAAUCUAGGGUUAAGGCUUUUGUGAAGCUCGUCAACUAUCAGCACCUGAUGCCAACUCGUUACACUCUCGAUGUGGAUCUGAAGGAUGCUGUUUCCGUCGAUGUUCUUCAAUCGAAGGAUAAGAAGGUUACGGCUCUUAAGGAGACCAAAAAGCGUUUUGAGGAGAGGUUCAAGACUGGAAAGAAUAGGUGGUUCUUUACCAAGCUUCGAUUCUGAUUGUUUUUCUUUUAACUUUCAUUUCUUGCCCUAAAUUUUGUUUUAAUUUAUUUUGAAUGAAUGAACUUAUUGCGGUUUUUAGUUUUGUUUAUUGUAUUAUCAACAUUCUACAUUUUCAGAUUGCAGAAUAUUUUGAUGGAAAUGAAAAUUGCAUCUUUAUUUUAUUAUA